AUGGAUGACACUGUAAGCCGCGACUCUGUUACUUCCUCCACCAGUGACGAGUUUGUUGUAGUCAACGGGGAACCAAAACUAAAAGUGGCGGCAGAUGUGAGUGACAUUAGUGAGGAAAUUGCCAGUGCUGCUGCCACCGACAGCAAGAUGUCAGACAGUACAGAGUUUGUGACAGACCCGCUGAGUGGUCAUGUGAUGCCUAGUAGCCAAUCAGCAGAUGUCUUGAAUUCUGGGUCGUUGCUGGAGAAUUACCCAGACACCCCAAAUGAUGAGGAAAUGACGGGCUCAGAUCGAGCUGGUUCGGCAUCCUUGACUGUUGUCUCCACUGGAGACUGCACAGUGUUUAAUGCAGUGACCUACUUAGGGUGUGCGAUGGUGAAUGCCCCACGCAGUGAGGUUGAGAUUUACCGCAACAUGGCUGUGUUGAACCAGCAGAGUCAGAUGGCAAUUCCCAUUGCUCUGUCUGUGCCUGCAACUUCAGAAGGGGUUGUCAGGCUCCUUGAACCUACUGGUGACACUGACAUUGCCACCUUCCGCAUUCACCGAAUUCUUUUCUGUGCCAGAGGUCCUCCAGACUCGUCUGAGCGACAGUGUUUUGCUUUCACGUGUAGCCACGGCGACACCGCUGACAAUUCCAUCUUUCAAUGCCAUGUAUUCCGCUGUGAUAUUCCAGAAGCAGUACCAAAAAUAUUGUAUUCCUUUGCAAAUACAUUUCGCCGAGUGCCAAAAAGAGACAAAUCAGUUGACAACUUGGCAUCAAACGCAGAACUAGUCUUUACCUUUUCCGUGACACUUGACUUCCGUGAGGAUGAUGGCAAGGGAAAUUACUCUGCCUGCUCCAAAGACAAGGAUGCAUUUAAGUUCAGGGUUAAUACAGAGAAGAGAUUGAUCAUUUCUGUUCAGCAGUCGGGUCCUCAUGAGAUCCGAAUUGAAAGAUGUUUUGGUUUACUUAUUUCCCCCGGGAGAAAUGUUCAACACAGUGACAUGCAGUUGAUUGAGCUGGUUUCCAUGGGCUAUGCUCCGGACAGCAAACUGUACAACAUCGGUGGACACUGGGAUCCCUCCGAGAAAUGUUUUGCCAUAUUGAAUACGGAAACAGAAAAAGAUACCAGUGUCUUCUUGACUGUGGCAGUUGACCUAGUUUUAUUUGGAAUUCAAGAACCUGUUAGGUUUAUACUGGAGACCAAGGCAAAAAUAUUUCCUAGUACUGACCGGUUCUGGUACCUCAGUCGUAAAGCAUAUGUUGAACACUUCAACAUUAGGCUCAAACAGGUUGGGGGUAAUCGAGACAGCAAACAUUACGAGGUUGUUCAUAUCGAAAGUCAAACAGAGACCAAACGACGUAACCACAACAUGACCUUGAACCUUACUGGAGGCCUGCGGCCGCCUCCAGAUUCUGUGAAAACCCCACAAGAAGAUGAAGAUUCAGACACAGACGAACCCCUUCCUAGUGGGUCAGGUGUUGUGAGUAAGGAGGUGACAGAUGAAAACCUUCUGGAAGCCUGGUCAGAUGUGUUGACCCGCUGGCACCAGAACCUAGCCAGCAAGCCACGCCAGGUGAGCCAGCUUGUACGGAAGACCAUCCCCCAAGCUCUGCGUGGAGAAGUCUGGCAGUUGCUAGCUGGUUGCCACAACAAUGAAGAUUUGCUGGAAUCUUACCGAGUGUUAAUCACAAAGGAUUCUCCAAACGAUGCAAUGAUUCAGCGAGACAUCAACCGCACAUUCCCAGCCCACGAUUUCUUCAAGGACGCUGGAGGCCAAGGGCAGGACUCUUUAUAUAGGAUCAGUAAGAUGCCAGAAGAGCAGGCGUUCUGUGUCCUGGUGAAGAUCAUGUAUGACUACCAGCUGCGGGAACUCUUCAAACAGGGCUUCCACGCCCUGCACCUCAAGUUCUAUCAGUUGGAGCGGCUCAUGCAGGAUCAACUGCCGGACCUUCACGAGCACUUCCUGGAGAUGGGUCUGGAGGUGCACAUGUUUGCCUCCCAGUGGUUCCUCACCCUGUUUACUGCCAAGUUUCCACUGCAUGUCGUCUUUGCCAUCUUAGACCUCUUCCUUAGCGAGGGACACCUGAUCAUAUUCACUGUGGCUCUGGCUCUGCUCAAGUCUUCUCGCAAGGACCUCCUGGCUCAUGACUUUGAAGGAGUACUGAAAUAUUUCCGUGUACACCUGCCCAAGAAGUAUCGAGGGGAAGAGUCCGCACAGGAGCUCACCCAGCUGGCCGUCAGUAUGAAGGUCAGCAGUCGCAAGCUGAAGAAAUAUGAGAAGGAGUAUCAGGUGAUACAGGAGCAGAGUCUGCAACAAGAGAACCCUAUUGAGAGGUUUGAGAGAGAGAACAAGCGUCUCAUUGAGACCAACAUGCGGCUAGACCAAGAAAAUGAAGAUUUGGCACACGAGCUGGUGGAAAGCAAACUUGCCAUGAAGAGCCAGAUUGAUACACUUGAGGACAGGUGCAAUGAGCUGGAGAAAGACCUCACGCAGACAUCCAAACAUCUGAAGGAGGCAGAGGAUGAGAAGAAGCGACUGGAUGCAGAAUCUAAAUCUCUGAAAGAGAUGUGCCGUAGGGAGCUGGAGAGGGCAGAAACAGAAGCCAAGAGAAAUUCAGUCAUUAUUUCUGAUUACAAACAGAUUUGUACACAACUCAGUGAGAGACUGGAGAAACAACAAACUCUGUUUAGAGAUGAGUUGCAGAACAUCAGGAUGCAGAUAAAAUCCUGUGAAAAGUGUUGCUCUGUGUUUGAUGGCGAGAACAUUCGAUUGGCCGACAACAUGAAAGAAGAGCAGGAGGAUCCAAACAUCACAGACUUGCAGAGACAUAUCCGCGAGCUGGAGCUGGAGCUAGCACAGACUAAACUGGCUCUGGUGGAGUCAGAAUGUAAGACCCAAGACCUCACCCACCAGCUCAAUGUGGCGUUCUCGGAGAUCACAGCCAACAAGAACACCUGGUUUCAGAAAACCAUCAGCUCUAUCAGGGAUGUUGCCUCCACAAAGAAGGAGCCCAAAGAUUGA